AUGUCAUCGUCAGAACCCCUAUCACCACCUUCUCAGGCUGAACCCGAAUCUAAGCAGCGUUACGAUCCCUCGUCAUUUCUUCACGAAAUCACUGGGAAUAAUGUUAUUGUCAAGUUGCAUUCCGGCAUUGAGUAUCACGGACGUCUGCAAUCCGUGGAUGGUUUCAUGAAUAUUGCUUUGGAAUCCACUAAGGAAGUAAUUAACAAAAAAGAGAUUAUGGACUGGGGCGAUGUAUUUUUAAGAGGCCAUAAUGUGAUUUACAUUUCAGCAGCAUGA